ACCAUAACCAUGCUGUAUACACACAGAUCUAUAUCCCCUUGAGAUCCCGCCUUUUAAAUCCUCCCCCAGCUACUCCAAAUAUAUAAUCUUCCACCAUUCAAAGCGGUAAUAGACAGACCUCUCUGAAACAAACACAAGAAGAUGAGAGAUUGAUCGAGAACGAGAAAAGUACUAGGAACUCAAAGGCAAAGAAGCAGAUGAUGUUAUGGAAGCAUUGAUUUGAUCAAUCCUCUAAAUUACUCUCAAACGCUAUUUGCAAAGAUUGUGACUAUGGGAUCAUUACAAGAGCUUGGAUGGCAGAAGAGAGUCAGAACCAGAAGUUGUGGGGAGUUUAACCAUUCUAAUUCGACCUUUCGGCGCAGGCAGUCCGCUCCCUCUCUUAUUCUCAGCAAAGCCCUAACAAAGUCAAAACCUGAUUACAGGGAUUGUACAUCUCAGGUAAACCUGGAUCCUCACGGCCUGAUCCAGUCUCUACUCAGCCCUUCCAGGAAGCUCAUUUCUCAAGGGAAUGUGCUGUUGCAGACAGGUGUUCAGACCCAGGAGAGAUACCUCCUGCUCUUCACAGAUCUCCUCAUCAUCACCAAGGCCAAGUCUGUCAUGCAGGUGAAGCAGAAGGCAUGCGUGCGUGUGAGUGAGAUGUGGACGGCCAGUUGUGUAGAUGAAGUGUGUGAAGCAAACGCCAUUACAGAAAGGAGCUUUGUCAUGGGCUGGCCGACAUACAAUUGCGUAGCUACUUUUAGCACUUCGGAAGGGAAAGAGAGAUGGCUUUCCCUCAUUGAAAGUUGUAUAAAAGAAGAGAAAAAACGUGACGAUCCAAAUAUAAUUCCACUCGAGAUAUUUGCAAAAGAUGUUGGAAAUUGUGACUAUGCAAAAACAGUUUCUGUCAGCAACACAGACUGCGCGUCUGAUGUCAUUGUCACAGUAAUGAAACAGUUGUAUCUUUCAGGUGGAAUAAAAGACUAUCAGUUGUGGGUAUGUUCGAAAAAAGAUGAAACUCCAUACCCUUUAAUCGGUCAUGAGUUCCCCUACAGCAUUCAGAUGAGCCACAUGCGCUCACUGCAGAAAAAUGCAGUAACAGUAUCUCACCGCCAGGAGGUGCCAAUAGAUUCAUUCUGCCAGUUCUUCCUGAGGCCCAGACAAAUAAACUGCACAAUCGCAGGUGAACAGAAGGGCAGGAAGAGAAAGAAGUCUCUCAUUAGCUGGGCAUUCAAACGAGGCUUCAGCAUUGAACAGGAUGUGUUUUCAGAAUCGCUCGCCUCUUCUGGCCACAUAAUCACAUCAUCUUCGGGUCAUCUGUUUGGUCGGCCACUCACCGAUGUGAUAAAGGAUAACACCCUGCCAUCACCCAUUGUGGACAUGCUGAUGUGUUUGUGCAGCGAGGGGGCCAUGACACAUGGAAUAUUCCGACGCUGUGCUGGAGUGAAGGCCUGUCGAGAGCUCAGAGAAAAACUUGAUGCUGGUCAUCAUGAAAGACCACUGAAUGAAGAAUCUGUAUUUGUCACAGCUGCAGUGUUUAAGGAUUUCUUACGCAAUAUACCAGGCAGCCUGUUGUGUGAAGAACUCUAUGAGCUGUGGCUCAGGGCAAUGGAGAAAAAUGGAGAGAGAGAUAAACUGAUGAUGGAGAGGAAGCAACUACUGGAAGUUCAAAGGCUGCUUCAGCUCCUGCCUAAAGAGAAUCUAAUAUUGCUAACUCUCAUCAUUGCUAUGUUGCAUCACAUACACCUCAAUGCUGAGCACAACCAGAUGAACUCUUUUAAUCUGGCUGUGUGUAUAGCACCUAGCUGUCUGUGGAAUAGCAGCCCGCAAUCUCAGGAAGAAGAUGCCAAAAAGGUGUGUGACCUUGUGCAUUUCUUGAUUGACAACUGCUGUGCUUUGUUUGGGGAUGCCAUUAUAACCCUAUUAAAGGAUUUGACUGAAGAUAAGAGGAGCAACUAUGGAUCAGCUGGGUCCUUGCAUCAGCCGUCAGACUCAGGAUAUGACAGUCUAAAGAAUGAAGUAAACACUGAUACAGAAGACAUUUUAAAGAGCGUCCCUCUUAAGGACAGUCGUAGUAUGGAUUCACUCAUUUCAGUGAGUGACUGUGACCUCGAUUGCCCUGAUGAUGAGCUGGAGACAGACUCCUCCCACUCAAUGGUACAGAUCAGGAAGGUAACGCCCACUGUCUGUCAGCCCAGAUCCGAUAAACAGCAGCGACACUCUGUGUCUGUCACUGGUUGCGCUUUAAAGUCUCAUGAGCAGGACGAACGUCUGGAAAGUAGAAAAUGCCAUAAGGUUGAAAUGUCUGAAAAUAAAGUUAAUAACAAUGUGUUAUUGGAACAGAGCUUUCAACAAUUAAAGCUGGUCUGUGAAAAAGAUGGAGUCAAUCAUAGCAAAAAGGAAAAACUCGGCUCUCCGUCCUUAAGCUUGUCUGUGAAUUCAAUAGAAAGUGGCUUUUCUCAGUCCAGUGAUUAUUUCAGAUCACUUAAGAUCUUCCAGUCACCUCAGAACUGUCCACCCAAAUCUUACUGGGUUCGCCGGCACAGCGCAGAUUACCAACAACCAAUCAGCUUGUUGAAUGAGAAUCUGCAUCCGUUACAUCAUCAGACAUACAGUGUUCUUUCGCAAGAUGGUUUACAACAUAAAACGCCUCAGUCCAGGCCCAAAAGUCCUCCUUCUUAUAGGCAUGCCUUACUAAACUUAAACAGAAAAGCAGUCGCUCAGACUCUCACACAAAUGCAGUCUAGAGGGGAACCACGCAAGGAAAAAAGCCUUUUCUGCAGCAACACACAAAGCCCUUUAGAGGACCACCAGGCAUGCCAUGCUCCUCAAAUCAUCAGUAAUACAUCCAGUAAUAGUAAAACAGGUGCUGGACGUGACUCAACAUGUAUAAAAUCCAGGACAGAAGAAAAGGUCAUACUACCAGAGAGAAUGUAUUAUGGACAGAGUCGUAAGCUGACGGUCCACAGGGUUAGGGGACAGAAUUUGAACGCUGGUUCUAAUGCUGGUAAUCUCACUGGGCAGCAGCGGACGUUCAAAGGCUCCGAUGCUUUAAAAGUGAGAAGCGAGGUGACAGAGAAGCAGGCUAAUGGGAGAAGUCACAGGCUCCGACGAUGCAUUAGCAGCCAGUGGGUUGGUGAGCUGGGAUUUCAUUCGGAAGAGUCUUAUGUUUAGAAAUGGCACACACAAACAUACAUGUAAUUAAUACCCGUUUCACAAAUGUCACUACCAAGUAAUGGCAAUCGGGUGGAAUGUCAUCACAUGCCACUUAUUCAAACCCCCAAAAUUUUAGAUAAGGUUAUAUUUGUGGCCGUUUUAAUGUAUGUAAAAACAUCAAUAAAAUGUGUUCCUCAUGCAGUCCAAUUUACAAACACUUUUUUGUUUAAGGUGUAACCUUUUUAAGGUACAAGAAGGUAUUUUAUAAACAGUAAGCUGUUGUAAACGUGUACUAUAUAUUUUGUAUAACUGAGAAAAUAUUUUUAUAGAAUUGUAUUGUUUAAAUCAAUGUUAUUUAACAUAGCCUAGCAUUAUUUUUGUACAUACAAUGUGUCCUGUUUUUUUGACAACCCUAAAGCUUAUUAAAACUUAGUCUACUCUAACCUAUCCAAGUGUGUGUCUUAAUGUAUAAACACUUGUACAGUUUAACUUCAAUGCUAGCACCAAUGCAAAUUUAAAUGCAAGAAAGAAUGUAUUAAAAUGAAUGCAAUGUG